ACAGUGUGGAGAUAUGAGGACCCUGGGCAGUAAUUGAAUGGCCACGUUAAGGUGCUGGGAAUCGAACCGGGAAUGCACCGACCACCAGUGCCGGCAAUGGCUGCCGGAAAGCCGUUCCGAGCGACCUUCAUCUGGAGCAGCAUCAUCAACAACCUGCAGUCUCAGGUGGAGGUGAAGCGACGCCGCCACAACCUCAAGUCCUACCAGGACUGCUUCCUGGGCUCGGAGGCCGUGGACGUGGUGCUGGCGCACGUCAUCCAGAACCGCUACUGCGGUGACCAGGACGUGCCCCGCUUCAAGGCCGUGCGGCUGUGCCAGGCGCUCAUGGACGGCUGCUCGCGCGUGUUCGAGGCGGUGGGCACCCGGGUGUUUGGCAAGGAGAAGCGGCAGGCCACCUUCGAGGACAGCAGCUUCAGCUUGUACCGCUUCCUCUACCCGGAGUCCAGUGAGGCGGUGCUCACGGGCAGCACCGCCCUGUCCAGCAGCUCCGUGGAGGGCGGAUACGACGCCUCGCCCGGGACAGGCCAAAGCAAGGACGGCUACAGCCCGCCUGAUGACCGGCAGAACCAGGCGCUCAUCUACAACACACACCCAACCAAAACAGACAAAUCUCUGGAGCAAAUGCUGGGGAACCUCAACGUGAACUCCGCCCUCACCCCUCAAAUGACCAAUCUGGGUCUCUCCCAGGACCUGGUGGAGCAGGUGUGGCGCCAGCAGUCCGUGUUCAGGCUGCUGCAGCUGGUGGAGCUCCCCCUGCUGGAGAGUCUUCUGGAGGGCAAGGAGCUCCCCCGCCCAAACCUACACAGCAUGGACAGCGACCCGGACCUCCUGUACACCUCCAGCUACCUGGACCGAGAGGUCCUCAAGGCCUUCAGCGAAGCACAGGCCGACGAGUGGCUGAGAGCGGCCAUGGACUGUCUGGAGUUCCUGCCCGACAGCCUGGUGGUGGAGGUCAGCAGAGGGCUGGCCGACUGCUCCGAGGACCAGCCCAAGUGCAAGAGGCUCUUCUACGGCCUGCUGGAUAAACACUACGGCCAGUCGCAGCAUCCGCCCCUGCUCAGCAACCACGUCUUCGACAUCCACUCCGGCAUCUCGGAGCUCCUGGUAAACGGAAAGAAGGAGCAGGCCGUGGAAGCGCUGCAGCUGUGCCUGAAGAUGCAGGAUUCACGCAGCAGGGAGGAGCUACGCAGGCUACUGAGGUUUAUGGCCGUCGCAUCCAAACCAGAGGAGGUCAAGCUCCAUAAAGAGGUUGAGAACAGAAUGGCAGUGAAGAGGUCUUUCGCCGGGGCCAUCAUCUACAGCAGAAGACUGGCCAAAGGGAAAGUGGAUCUGAUGGUGCUGUUCAUGGUGGAAUACCACUGUGACCUCUUCAAGAUCCCUGUGUCGUUGCACAGGUUAGUUAGUGAUCGCCUUUUGAAUAUCGUGAGAGGGAAAGAUCCAGAUGACGUCAUUACAGGCCCCACAUAUUGCAGAAGAGUAACAGGGAAGGACUUUGUAGAGAGCGCCCAGAAGACAACUCACAAUGAACUGCGCUCCUUACUGAAGAGCAUCCACGAGAACACCAAGCUCUCGGCCAAGGAGAAGAGGAGGCUGCUGGGACAGUUCUACAAGGGCCACCCCGAGAUCUUCGUCCAGUACUUUGGGAGUAGGAUGGCCACUGCAGACCUAUGAUCGUCUCACAUCAGGGGGGGGGGUAUUUAUUUAUUGAUUUUUGUAUAUUAUGUAUAGAUGAAAAAAAGAAAGAAAGUGCUAGAACAAAACGUUUAAUGUGAAGUGGAUGUAAAGAUCAGUUUUUUUUUUAACGUUUUUACAACCAUAUGUGAAGUGGAUAUAUUUAAGAAUAAUUUUUAAAAUGUUUAGUUGUAGAGGCAAUUUUGGCACACAUGAUUUGACUUUAGUUGACUGCAUGAAAAAGGAAUUUAUUAAGGAAUUUUAACAGGCAUAAAAUGGAAGGUGUGCCUAUUCUUUGUGAGUGAAUGUCGAACAUAUAGUUACGAAACAGAAAUUGUGUCAGAAAUUUAGGAAGGGCCGUGCAACAACAAUAGCAUCAGGAAUAAAAGAAAACGUAUCAUAUAGUUUAUGUAUGUUACAUACGGUUUAACCAUGUUUGAGCAAGCCCAGGUUUCUCAAUCUAUUAUUUAAAGGUCCAGUUCUCUGCUCCUGUUGUUUUCCACUCGUUAACAACACAUUCAUGUCUGUUAAGAUAUUUGUGGCAAACAUUCUCAUAUUGGUUUACAUAAAUUCCUGUUGAGCAUUUAAUUUAUUUUGCAAAUUGGGAAUAACAUAACCAAUGCCUAGCCAUUAAACAAAUGUAUUGUUCAUAGUGAGCAGAAUAAAACCAAGAUUUUCUAUAACUCACACAAUAUGUCGAUUGGUCCAUUUCCCUGACUUCACAUCUUUACUGUCUGGAGUUUUGAGCGAACAUUUGUUCAAUGUACAAAAGUAUCUAGGAUAUGCUUUUAUUCAAAGAAAUUUAAAGUGAGUACAGGUCAGGAGUUAUAGGCAUUCUAAAGGUAUUGCUGUCAGUUGCCGCUGAACUGUCCUCAAGACGACAAUGUAUCUGAGAAUGUUGUUCAUUAUCCCAUAUCUGUUUUGUGGAUCCACAGUUACACAGUGCUAUGUCAACAUAGUAACCAAGUGAAUGCUUUAAUCUAAAAUCUAAAUAUAAAUCACAAAAGAACCAAUAGGAGGGCAAACAAUGUGUUGGGUUGCUCAACAGUGAUUGUACCGAUCACCUGUGAAUAUCAACAGCUGGUUGGCAUGCAGGCACGCACACACACACACACACACACACACACACACACACACACACACACACACACACACACACACACACACACACACACACACACACACACACACACACACAGAUCCAAAGUGCUCACAUUUAUAAUAAUUGAUUUUGUGCAUUAUACAUGUGUAAAACCCAGAAACCAAUUGUUUGAAUUUAAAAAUGCAUUUGUUUAAAACUUGGAAGUGGUAUCGAUUGAAAUCAGAUUAUUAAAGUUAACAGUACAUUCAUAUGUCCGACUUAUGCUGGGUCAGAUUCAGCAUCCAGUUCCUAUACUUACCUCUUCAUCCAUCCCUAGCUCCGGUGUUUGCCAAAAAAUAACUCCACAAUCAUGCACUCUACAACAAGGGCUUUACUUGGUACCAAAAGACAGACAACACCUUUGAGAUCGGUUAACACAGGAACUAUGUGGAGGCUAGGUCAGAAUACAUCUAGAACCCAGCAUGAUUGGAAGGUUAUACUUCUGCCUGAAAUAAACUAUGUUUUAGAGCAGGGGACUCAAAUUCGCGGCUCGCGGGCCAAAUGCAGACCGCUACCUAAUUUUAUGUGGCCCGUGAGCACUUCAAAUGUAUUCGAUUAUUUAAUUUUUUUCAAAUUCAUUGAAUAAGAAAAUUAAAUCAUUGAACAGUUUCUACCAAUUGUAAUGUUGCCGUGUAAUCAUAAUAAAAUAUGAACAUAUUAGAUUGACUUAACAAGGGUUGUAGUAGGACACCUGUUCCCAACUAGUGGUGUGGUCUGAGGCCUCAGCCCUGGAUAUGUUGUUAUGAAACAAAUAAAAAUGUGCUUACAUAUAUUUUAAAAUGUAUGUGUACCAGUAUGCAAUGUAUAUUUGUACACUUGAAUAAAUAAUCAAACGGAGAGACAGUUA